AUGACCGAUCCAAAUAUGGCGCCCGACUACGAGGUCAGCCUCUUGCUCGACUCAAACAAGGUCCUCACCGCUGCACACGAGCUAACGGACUGCAUCCGAUCGGCUUUUGAUGUGGAACCGCCCGUCACCAUGAUAAAUGUGCAGUUCCUUGACACGAAUGAUAAAGAUGUUGAUUCCUCUCACUGGAGUGCUCGGAUCCGCAAGUUUGAAAAUGAGCGUAAACUCGAGUUAACGUAUAAGAGGCGGUAUACCAUCACAAACAGCAACAUUAACGCCGCUCUUGAUGUGGCUAACAAGGAUGGUUUCAAUGCUACCAACAAGGAUUACGAGGCACAGAUCGAAUGGGAUUUCCAGACGAAGACACUUUCUAUUAGCUGCAAGAAAAAAGGACCGGAUGUUGGGAUUGGCCAUACGGACCUGCCGGUGGAAAGUGACUCGCGUCAGAUGCUAAUCGGCAAAGCGCCGGACAAGUUCAAGGAAUGGAAGCCGUACAAAUCGCAGCCAAACAAAUGGCCUCCUAAAACCUGGGGCACCAGCGCCUUGAAGGAAUCGCGCAUUUACGGCCCGGUCCUCAUGAGUCGCUUUACCGGUUCAUGGAAUGGGCUAAAGCUUUACCUAGAGGUCUGGCCGCUACGGAACUCCACGGGUACAGGCAUUGAACACUUCGUUGAGGCUUCUUUCAAGACAGACUCUGAAACAACCGCUUCAGUUGAGCAGAGCAACCUAGUAGCCUUCUUGAAGAGUAAGGAUUGGUUACUUGAACAGGACUCAUCAAUGACAAAGCUCAUUAUGGCCCGUUAUUGA